AUAAUAUCUACUAAAUUCAAAAUAAUAUCUACUAAAUUCUAGAUAAAGAAGUCUAACUAAAUUCUAGAUAAUAUCUUCUAAAUUCAAGAUAGUGUCUUACUAAAUUCUAGAUAAUGUCUUACUAAAUUCUUUAACUUAAAUACCAAAAUUGGUGUGAAACUUUUUGACUACUUUCAAUAUAUUCAAUAUUCAAGGUUUGUAAAGACAUUCCAUUUAUUUAUGUUAUAUAUAUAUAGAUAUUUAUGCUUGGAGAGAAGCCUAAGACAAAAGUUAUCCCCACCAUUGAUUAUCUCUCUAUCAUCAAAGUCUCUCGUCUCAAGAAAAUGUCAGUCCAAAAAUGCAUUUCACCACUUGCAACGAUUCUCCUACUAGCAACAACGAUUCUAUACAACAACCAAGUUCAUGCAACAAGUCCAAUCAAAACCAUCGUAGUUUUGGUAAUGGAAAAUCGAUCAUUCGAUCACAUGCUUGGUUGGAUGAAAAAACUAAACCCAGAAAUCAACGGCGUUGAUGGUUCGGAGUCGAACCCGGUCUCAGCAUCGGACCCUUCUUCAAAGAAAAUCCAGUUCGGGUCAGGUUCACAUUACGUUGAUCCGGAUCCGGGUCAUUCGUUUCAGGCGAUAAGGGAACAGAUAUUCGGGUCGAAUGAUACAUCCAAAGAUCCUCCACCGAUGAACGGGUUUGUUCAACAAGCAUAUUCGGAGGACCCCACUGGUAAUAUGUCUGCAAGUGUUAUGAAUGGAUUCGAACCCGAUAAGGUUCCUGUCUACAAGACACUCGUCUCUGAGUUCGCUGUCUUUGAUAGAUGGUUUGCAUCGGUUCCAUCAUCGACGCAACCAAACCGGAUGUUCGUGCACUCAGGCACGUCGGGAGGAGCCACAAGCAACGACCCAAAGUCACUUGCAUUAGGUUAUCCUCAAAGAACCAUUUUCGAAAAUCUUGAUGAAGCCGAUAUCUCUUUCGGAAUCUACUUCCAGAAUAUUCCGGCGGUAUUGUUUUAUCGAAACCUAAGGAAACUUAAAUACAUUCCUAAGUUCCAUAGCUAUAGCUUAUCCUUCAAGGAUCAUGCAAAGAAAGGAAAGCUCCCUGGUUAUGCUGUGAUUGAGCAACGUUACAUGGAUACAACAUUUGAGCCAGCUAAUGAUGAUCACCCAUCUCAUGACGUCUACCAAGGACAGAAGUUUAUAAAGGAAGUGUACGAGACACUUAGAGCGAGCCCACAAUGGAACGAAACCCUACUUUUGAUCACUUACGACGAGCACGGUGGAUAUUUCGACCACGUUCCAACACCAGUUCGCAAUGUGCCUAGCCCGGACGGUAUAGUCGGACCAGAACCAUUCCUAUUCGAAUUCAACCGCUUAGGUAUUCGUGUACCAACAAUAGCUGUGUCUCCAUGGAUCGAGAAAGGAACGGUCGUACAUGGACCAAACGGGUCACCAUUCCCAUCAUCUGAAUAUGAGCAUUCUUCGAUCCCGGCGACUGUAAAGAAACUAUUCAAUCUAUCAACGCCUUUCCUCACAAAAAGAGAUGAAUGGGCAGGGACGUUUGAGAACAUUUUGCAAAUCCGAAAAGAGCCUAGAACUGAUUGUCCCGAGACGUUACCCGAACCGGUUAAGAUAAGAAUGACUGAGGCGAAUGAGAAUGCUAAAUUGAGUGAGUUUCAGCAAGAGCUUGUACAACUAGCUGCGGUUCUAAAAGGAGAUGAUGUACUUACAGCAUAUCCUAAAGAAAUAGGAAAAGGAAUGACUGUGAUUCAAGGGAAGAAGUAUAUGGAAGAUGCUGUGAAACGAUUCUUAGAGGCUGGUCGUUUAGCUUUAGACAUGGGAGCGAAUAAAGAAGAGCUUGUUCAUAUGAAACCUUCCCUUACUGGAAGAAGACAUUAAGCUCGUUCUCCCCUUAAAUUUCUAUCAUAUCUCACCUUUUCCUUUGUUACUUAUACAAGUCAAACACCUCAUAUUUUACUAAUAAAAUGUGUUUUAAUUGACACUAAUUUUAAAAUUACAAUGAUUUUAGGAUACCAUUUCCCAUCAAACUUUACAAUUUUCUUUUUGUGCCGGUACUCUUUUUCUUUUUUUUAACAAACCAAACUUCCAUUACUUAUAAACUCCAGAGUUAAGGUUCAUACAAAGCUGAUUUUGCAAGAGCAUCAGCUUCGAGGUUUUUAAGACGAGGAACGUAAUUAAAAGAGCUAGAGACAAGGGCUUCACGAAGAACAGAGAUAUCGUGAAGGAUCCCUUGAAUUUCAAUAACAUUAUCCUCAGAAGAUAGCGCUGAGAAAAGCGUUUUCGAGUCAGACCAGAAGGUGACUGAGUUGAGCCCUAAGGAGACUGCAUCUGAAAGUGCAGCUUUAACCGCAAGACUCUAUUGCUUGGUUAUGGAUGAAAGUAUACACUCUCUUGGUUUCAAUUUAUUUGAUGUUUCAAGAAUUUUUUUUAAUUAUAUAACUAGUGAUGAUCUCACUAUCCUAUAUAAAAAUCUAUUGUCAUUUGACAUUUGCAAAUAAUUACAUAAUACUGUAUUUUUAUUGGUUAAAUUAAUUUUUAUUUAAUAUUAUUUUAAUGUUACCAAUAAUUUUUUAUAAAAAUUGUACUUUUUUUAAUAUGUAUGUACACUAAUCUUAAACAUCAACUAAAGUAACAUUGCAUAAUCUUGGUACAGAAAAAAAAAGAAGUGGAGUAGCUUAAAAGGGAAAUUUUCAAAAAGACCUAAAAUUUGGUUUAAAGAACAAAAUAAUUUUAUUCAACUCAAUGUAAAAGUAACAUUAAUAGGUUGUGAAACUACAACUAACAUCUUAUGAACAAACACAAAACUAGAAAAUACAUUUAUGCAAAAUCCAAAGCUGAUAAAGUAGUUUAUACUACAUAAGUUGAUCUUAUAAUUAAAUUUUAAAAGUUUAAGAAAAAUAUGAUUAAAAUUAGUAUAAAUCAUGUAACAAUGAAAUGUGUAAAUUAAAAUUUAAUACAAUUAAUUAAAAUGUUAUUAGUGGAAAAUAUUUGAUAUAUAAUCAAGGUCUAGGAGACUUAUUAUAAAAUCUACUUAAAAUUUGUUGGGCAUUGGCAAAGAAAAACCAAAAUAAAAACAAUUAGAAAUCAUACACUAAUUGGUAGACAAAAAAUAGAGAUUUAUAGUUUCAAAAAAUCAGCAAAUAUCUUUUGAAAACACA